AUGGAGGACGAAAAGAAGGAGCUGUCACACAGCGCUCUUGUAGAAUUGAAUACCGACACAUCUGCUGAUGAAAAGUGCGUCGCAUUGGAAAUAUGCUCAUCUUCUCUGCAGCAAGCAAAGGUCAAAGAAAUCUUAGAGAAUGAUUCUAAUAACGCUUGGUAUUUUGGUCAUUUAGACAUCGUCAAAUUGUUCAUUUCCAAUGGAGCUGAUGUGAACGAAGAAGAUGACAAAGGAAUGAUUCCUCUCCAUGGUGCAGCAUCUCGAGGCCACUUGAAAGUCAUGGAAUAUCUCAUUCAGCAAGGGUCUGAUGUCAACAGAGCAGAUGCUAGGGGCUGGACUCCAUUCAAUGCUGCCGUUCAGUAUGGUCAUCUUGAAGCCGUCAAAUAUCUCAUAACGAAAGGAGUGAAGCAGAACAGUUAUGCUGGUAAGACCCCUCUCUAUGCUGCAGCACAAUUUGGUCAUUUAGACAUCGUCAAAUUGUUCAUUUCCAAUGGAGCUGAUGUGAACGAAGAAGAUGACAAAGGAAUGAUUCCUCUCCAUGGUGCAGCAUCUCGAGGCCACUUGAAAGUCAUGGAAAAUCUCAUUCAGCAAGGGUCUGAUGUCAACAAAACAGAUGCUAGGGGCUGGACUCCAUUCAAUGCUGCCGUUCAGUAUGGUCAUCUUGAAGCCGUCAAAUAUCUCAUGAGUAAAGGAGCAAAGCAGAACAGAUGUGACGGAAUGACUCCAGUCUAUGCCGCUACACGCUUUGGUCAUCUAGAUAUCGUCAAAUUCUUCAUAUCCAACGGUGCUAACGUAGACGAAGUAAAUGACAAGGGGAUGGUUCCUCUCCACGGUGCAGCUGCUCGAGGCCACAUAGAAGUCAUGAAAUAUCUCAUUCAGCAAGGAUCUGAUGUGAACAAGGGGGAUGCAAAGGAUUGGACUCCAUUCAAUGCUGCAGUUCGUCAUGGCCACUUAGAAGCCGUCAAAUAUCUCAUGAGUAAAGGAGCAAAGCAGAACAGAUGUUACGGAAUGACUCCAGUCUUUGCAGCUGCAGACUUUGGUCAUUUACACAUCGUGGAAUACUUCAUUUCAAAAGGAGCUGAUGUGAACGAAGAAAAUAAGAAAGGGAUGAUUCCUCUCCACGGUGCAGCUACUCGAGGCAACUUGAAAGUCAUGGAAUAUCUCAUCAAGCAUGGGUCUGAUGUGAACAAAGGUAGUGUCAAAGGUUGGACUCCACUCAAUACUGCCGUUCAAUAUGGCAAUGUAGAGGCUGUCAAAUAUCUCAUAACGAAAGGAGCGAAGCAGAAUAGAUAUGCUGGUAUGACCCCACUCUAUAGCGCAGCUCAAUUAGGUCAUUUAGAUAUCGUAAAAUUCUUCAUAUCCAAUGGAGCUGAUGUAAACGAAGCGCAUGCCAAGGGGAUGAUUCCUCUCCAUGGUGCAGCUGCUCGAGGCCACAUGAAGGUCAUGGAAUAUCUAAUUCUGCAAGGAUCUGAAGUAAACAAGAGGGAUACUAAGGGUUGGACACCAUUCGAUGCUGCCGUUCAAUUUGGCCAUCUAGAAGCUGUCAAACAUCUCAUGAGUAAAGGAGCAAAGCAGAACAGAUGUGAUGGAAUGACUCCAAUGUUUGCAGCUGCAGACUUUAGUCAAUUACACAUCGUGGAAUACUUAAUUUCCCAAGGAGCUGAUGUAAACGAAGAAAAUGAGAAAGGGAUGAUUCCUCUCCACGGUGCAGCUAUUCACGGUAACACUGAAAUUCUGAAAUAUCUCAUUAAACAAGGAUCUGAUGUGAACAAGAGUGAUGCCAAGGGUUGGACACCAUUCAAUGCUGCUAUUGAAUAUGGUCAUCUAGAAGUUGUCAAAUACCUCAUAACUGAAGGAGCGAAGCAAAACACCUAUGAUGGUAUGACCCCGCUCUAUGCCGCAGCUCAAUUGGGUCAUUUAGAUAUCGUCAAAUUCUUCAUAUCCAAUGGUGCUGAUGUAAACGAAGUACAUGACAAGGGAAUGAAUCCUCUCCAUGGUGCAGCUGCUCGAGGCCACGUGAAGGUCAUGGAAUAUCUCAUUCUGCAAGGUUCUGAUGUCAACAAGGCGGAUGCUAAAGGUUGGACUCCAUUCAAUGCUGCUGUUCAAUAUGGACAUCUAGAAGCCAUCAAAUGUCUCUUGAAUAAAGAUGCAAAGCAGAACAUGUAUACUGGAAUGACUCCACUCUAUGCCGCAGCAGGAUUCGGCCAUCUAGAUAUCGUCAAAUUCUUUGUAUUCAAAGGAGCUGAUGUAAACGAAGAAGAUGGCAGAGGGAGGAUACCUCUCUAUGGUGCAGCAUCUCGAGGACACAGGAAAGUCAUAAAAUAUCUCGUUCAGCAAGGAUGUGAUGUUAACAAGGCUAAUGCCAAGGGUUGGACACCAUUUAAUGCUGCUGUUCGAUAUGGACAUGUAGAAGCCGUCAAAUAUCUCACGUCUUUAGGAGCAAGGCAGAACACAUAUGCUGGUGUGACUCCACUUUGUGCUGCAGCUCAAUUGGGUCAUUUAGAUAUCGUCAAAUUCUUCAUAUCCAAUGGUGCAGAUGUAAACGAAGUACAUGACAAGGGAAUGAAUCCUCUCCACUGUGCAGCUGCUCGAGGCCACGUGAAGGUCAUGGAAUAUCUCAUUCUGCAAGGUUCUGAUGUCAACAAGGGGGAUGCUAAGGGUUGGACACCAUUCAAUGCUGCUGUUCAAUAUGGACAUCUAGAAGCCGUCAAAUAUCUUACGACUUCAGGAGCAAAGCAUAAUACUUAUGCUGGUAUGACCCCACUUUGUACUGCAGCACAACUGGGUCAUUUAGACAUCGUAAAAUUCCUUGUUUCAAAAGGAGAUGAUGUGAACGAAAAAGAUGAUAAAGGGAGGGUUCCUCUCCAUUGUGCAGCUGCUCGAGGGCACAUGAAAGUCAUGGAAUAUCUCAUUGACCAAGGAUCCAAUGUGAACAAGGAAGAUAACACUGGGUGGACACCAUUCAAUGCUGCCGUUCAAUAUGGCCAUCUAGAAUCCGUCAAAUAUCUCAUGACUAAAGGAGCGAAGCAGGACAGAUAUAAUGGAAUGUCCCCACUCUAUGCAGCUGCAGCUUUUGAUUACUUAGACAUAAUAAAAUUCCUCAUAUCCAAUGGCGCUGAUGUGAACGAAGAAGAUGACAAAGGAAUGAUUCCUCUCCAUGGUGCAGCUAUUCGAGGGAACAUAAAAGUCAUGGAAUAUCUCAUUCAACAAGGAUCUGAUGUUAACAAGGAAGAUGACACUGGGUGGACGGCAUUCAAUGCUGCCGUUCAAGAGGGCCAUCUAGAAGCCGUCAAAUAUCUCACGACGAAGGGAGCAAAGCAGAACAGAUAUGAUGGAAUGACCCCAGUCUACGCUGCAGCGUAUUUUGGUCAUUUAGACAUCAUCAAAUUCUUCAUUUCCAAUGGCGCUGAUGUGAACGACGAAGCUGACAAAGGGAUGAUUGCUCUCCAUGGUACAGCUUCGGGAGGCCAUAUAGAAGUCAUGGAAUAUCUCAUUAAACAAGGAUCUGAUGUCAACAGGAACGAUCGCAGAGGUUGGACGCCAUUACAUGCUGCAGUAAAAAAUGGCAAUUUAGAAGUUGUCAAAUAUCUCAUGGCGAAAGGAGCUAAGGGCAACAGGUUUUACGGAUUGACCCCGCUUUACAUCGCAACACAGUAUGACCAUAUCGAUGUGGUAAACUUCCUAGUCUCUAGCGGAUAUGAUGUGAAUGAAAGAAAUGAAUGCGGCAAGUCCCCUCUUCAUGCGGCAUGUUACAAUGGCAACAUAGCCAUCGUGAAAUUAAUCACUCACCACAAUGCUAAUGUCAAUGAACAAGAUCAUGAUGGAUGGACACCACUAGAAGCCGCUGCACAAGAAGGACACCAAGACAUAGUGGAUUACCUUGCAUUGAAUGGAGCAAACAUGAACGUGAAAGACAUAGAUGGUUUUACACCCCUUCAGACAGCUGUAAACGAGGGUCAUCCACAUGCAAUAGAAGGCAUAUCAUCAUGUACAGGUGAUCCGGAUGAAGAAGAAACAACAGAUCCACGAUCUGGAGGCCACCAGUACCUAAUCAGAAGAGGCUGUGUGACGGUGACAAUGAAUGAUGCAGACACGCAGUCACGUACAGGAAAGUUAGCACCUCAGGUUGACAAUGCGAAGAGACGAGCCGAUGAACCCUCCUUGAAGAAUCCCCCCACAAGGACCCAUCAUGAUGAAAAAUGUGGCAGUGGAGAACACAAUCCUUUCAUACAUGCUAAGCUGAAAUAUCCUGACAUAGGUGAACACGAUCCAAUGCUAGAUCAGAUGGAAUCUAUGAAGAGUCCUGUGACGACAAAUGGCACAGACUGUUCUGCCCCGCAUAAACCUCAGACGUGGCAAUACAACGGACUUGAUCCACCCUUUCAACAAAUUCAUCAAACUACAGAGAAUGAUGGUCAUCCGUCUGAAGAACCAGAAUCUCGAUGUCACUCACUAAUUGGUGAAAACAGAGAAAUGAGAACCAAACGUCGAACAUCGGUUGACCAGUGUCCUUUAAUCGUGGCCCAGAUGAUUGUCGCUUUGGCCAUCAUUCUUGCUGGAAGUCCGGUUCCCGUCGCAGGCAGAGAUAUCACCGAAAUGGUAACGCUACAAGCAGGUAAACCUGGUGUGGUCCCAUUCCAUAUCCCGUUGUCACCUAUCAACACAUUCCAGGGUGUUCCAUAUUACACACUUCGGUUCGAAUCUAAUACUCGUCCGUUCUGCAUAAAUGGUGAAGUAGAUAUCAAGGGCUUUAAAAACCCAUCCCAAUUACAAAGAUUUUCAACCUCAGUCACAGAUGUAGACGCUUCUCCUUGCGUGAAUCUGAGGAUAGAUAACGUUGAUACUCUCGACGAGGAUGGUUCAAAGGAAGCAACCUACUCCUACGACUUGUUUGCCCCAGAUCAAGACUGUGCCGUCUGCAUCGACGGGAUCAUGGAUACAUCUUGCCUUUAA